GCUAACAUGGUUAAAAGCAAUUAAUUUAACCAAUUAAUUUAGCCCGGUUUUUCCGGGUUAAAACCGAUUAAUUUAACCCGUUUCCGUACUCUACAAAAUCCCUUUAAACCCUAAACUCAAACCCCACAGAAUGAAUCUCCUCCCGCAAGCCGCAAUGCCAACGCCGAUACAAGCCGGCAACCGGCAAAGCCCAACCGGACAAUGCAGCAAUUGCGGCGUCUCCACCCUUCACUUUCUCCACCAUCUGCGCCACGGCGGCAUCCAGAGGCGGCUUUGCACCUCUUGCGUGCUUCGCCUCCACCCAACCUCCUUCUGUACCGUUUGUUUCGCCUUCUACGACGGCGUCCCACCCCACCCCUCCAAGCGUAUCUCCUGUUCCAAGUGCGCCUCCUUCACCCACACCCACUGCGCCGCCACGUCGCCGCUCUCCCCCUACAUCUGCACGCCCUGCAACAACUCCUCCCCCUCCUCCUUCUCCUUCUUCCACCAAACCGACAGGAUCGACAAGAAGCAGGCCGUGGUGUUGCUCUGCGCUGCCAGGAUCGCCGCGUCCUCCAUGAGUAAAGCGGCUGCUCUUGCCAAGGAGGAGGCAGAGAAAAAGGUGAGGGAGGCAGCGUGUGCUCGGAAACGGGCUCGAGAAGCGCUGGAGCAUCUUGUUUGGGUUUCCAAUGAAGAGAGCGCGAGGAGGCAGGAGGAGAUAUGGAAUGGGAAUAAUAAUAAUAAUGGGGUUGCCAUGGCCAUUGCCAUUGCCAAUGCCAAGGAUGAUGAGGAGGAGAUGGAUGGCGAUUUCGAAAGUCUAGUGAGGGAUUUGGAGAAUACUCUGGUGAAGGAGGAAGGACUAGAUGUUGCAAUCUGAAUUUCAGACUGAAACUGCAUCUUGGUGAGUUGCUACUGCCCCCCUUCCCAAUUUGUAUGGGCAGAAUGCAUCUGAAUCAAGCCAAGUAAGUUUCUUAUCUUUGAUUUAUUUAAGGAAAAUAGAAGGCUUUCUUUAAAUUUGUUGCUUUAUUAAUUAAUGUAUAUAUAUUGCUGUACAUGUUUAUGAUGAAUCUUCAUCCUAUCAUCUCAUUUCAUCUCAUCUCAGGUUGAUGAGUGGGUGGAGUAAGCUCAUCAACCUGAAUAAUAUGGUGAUGCCUUGAAUGAAUUGAAGUCACAGCA